AUGUGUGAGAUGUGGGUGUUUCCUCAAGAGCCAGAAAGAUCUUUGCAACUGAGCCCAGUUGCAAAGGGCUCUUGUCCUCACCCUCCUUCAGGUUUUUUGGCUCUUCUAACCUAUAUCUUUCUCCAGGUGACCACAGCACAGAUCACAGCAUCUUUAAGCGUCUCGUCUUUGUUUCUGUUCUCAGGGCAGGAAGAUCCCAACAGUUUGCGCCAUAAAUACAACUUUAUCGCCGAUGUGGUGGAGAAGAUUGCUCCUGCUGUGGUUCACAUCGAACUGUUUCGCAAGCUUCCUUUUUCUAAGAGGGAAGUGCCUGUGGCCAGUGGGUCUGGGUUUAUCGUGUCCGAAGAUGGACUGAUUGUGACAAACGCCCACGUGGUGACCAACAAGCACCGAGUCAAAGUUGAGCUGAAGAAUGGCGCCACGUAUGAGGCCAAAAUCAAAGAUGUGGAUGAGAAGGCCGACAUUGCACUUAUUAAAAUUGACCACGAGGGAAAGCUGCCCGUGCUACUGCUUGGCCGCUCCUCGGAGCUGCGGCCCGGAGAGUUUGUGGUUGCCAUUGGAAGCCCGUUUUCCCUUCAAAACACUGUCACCACUGGGAUCGUCAGCACCACCCAGCGAGGCGGCAAAGAGCUGGGGCUCCGGAACUCGGACAUGGACUACAUCCAGACAGACGCCAUCAUCAACGUGAGCCCUGUCCGCUGCAGGGUCGGCUGGGAGUUUGGAAAGCUGGGCUGGGCUUAGGAAGCAGGGCUGGAG